GCACUUCAUUUUCAUCAUCAGUGUGGAAUACGCGUCAACUCUGCAGAUUGACUGUCAUCCCCAAAUAUGAAGAAGUUAAUCGUUUUGUGGUGCUCUUUGUCUUCUACAAUGGCUUUUCUUAUUCCAUCGCUGCAACUUCCAUUUACCAAGCAAAAGGAAACCUUUUCAAACGUCUGUGUGUAUUCAACUGACCCUUCAAAAUUUCCACCAAAAUGUUUUCUUUGUCCCAACAGUGCAUUUGAUAACAUUCUGCGUGCUUGCGUCGAUGCAGCAACUAUCCCUUAUAAUGUAACAUACGUUCAAGCAACGUGUUUGGAUCAGAACUGUGCAAUAAAUUAUCCCCAAGCCAAAAACACUGUAAUUGAUGUCAGGGUGAAAAGACAAGCAGUCGACGUCAUUUCUGAAGAACAACAACCAACUACAACUGUAGCCCAGCUUCCAGAAGAAAAUACUUCUUCGAACGUCUCUGUCCAUGAGGAACACGAGAAGAAGCAUUCACUCCAAAACUCCCACGUAGUUUACUGGAAUAAUGACACAUCACAAGGGGAGAAUAAGAAUCAUGAAUUUGAAUCUCCGAGCAGCCCAGCUGAAGAAAUAACAGUUGAUGACAACGGCAACGAAUACGUCAACGUAACAGUGGCUCACGAAGUGGUCAUAAUUAAUGGUCGCGAGUACAAGAUCACCCACCAUGAGAUUGUGUUUGCCGUUGCAGACGAGGAUAUCAAAAGUAAUUGAGGGAAUUUAUUGUGAA